CAAAUUAGCCCCAAAGAAGGGUGGCAGGUCUAUAGUUCGGCCCAAGACCCAGAUGGGCGAUGUAUUUGUACUGUGGUUGCACCGGAACAAAACCUAUGCUCCAGGGAUGCCAAGAGCAGGCAGCUGAGGCAACUCCUUGAAAAGGUUCAGAAUAUGUCUCAGUCCAUUGAAGUUUUAAAUCUACGGACUCAGAGGGAUUUCCAGUAUGUUUUGAGAAUGGAAACACAAAUGAAAGGACUGAAGGCUAAGUUCCGGCAAAUUGAAGAUGACCGAAAGACCUUAAUGACCAAGCAUUUUCAAGAAUUGAAAGAAAAGAUGGAUGAUCUUCUACCACUGAUACCAGUUCUGGAACAGUACAAAACAGAUGCCAAGUUAAUCACCCAGUUCAAAGAGGAAAUUAGAAAUCUGUCAUCAGUACUUACUGGAAUCCAAGAGGAAAUUGGUGCUUAUGAUUAUGAAGAACUACAUCAACAAGUGCUCAGUUUGGAAACCAGGCUUCGAGAUUGCAUGAAAAAAUUGACCUGCGGCAAAUUGAUGAAAAUCACUGGUCCUAUUACAGUCAAGACAUCUGGAACCCGGUUUGGAGCUUGGAUGACAGAUCCAUUAGCAUCUGAGAAAAAUAACAGAGUCUGGUAUAUGGACAGUUACACCAACAACAAAAUUGUCCGUGAAUACAAAUCCAUAGCAGAUUUUGUCAGUGGUGCAGAAUCCAGGACAUACAAUCUUCCUUUCAAAUGGGCAGGAACUAAUCAUGUAGUCUACAAUGGGUCUCUUUAUUUCAACAAAUAUCAGAGCAACAUCAUCAUCAAGUACAGUUUUGAUACUGGGCAGGUGCUUGCUCAGCGUAGCCUGGAGUAUGCCGGCUUUCAUAAUGUCUACCCCUACACCUGGGGUGGCUUCUCAGAUAUCGAUCUGAUGGCCGAUGAGAUAGGUUUGUGGGCUGUCUACGCAACUAAUCAGAAUGCAGGCAACAUUGUCAUCAGUCAGCUGAAUCAGGAUACUUUAGAAGUGAUGAAAACCUGGAGCACCGGGUACCCCAAGAGAAGUGCUGGGGAGUCCUUCAUGAUCUGUGGCACCUUGUACGUCACCAAUUCUCACUUAACCGGAGCCAAGGUGUACUAUUCGUACUCGACAAAAACCUCCACAUAUGAAUAUACAGACAUACCUUUUCACAAUCAGUAUUUCCAUAUAUCAAUGCUUGACUACAAUGCCAGAGAUAGAGCUCUGUAUGCCUGGAAUAAUGGACACCAAGUCCUAUUCAACGUCACUCUUUUCCACAUUAUUAAAACAGAGGAUGACACAUAGGUGUCAACAUGACUUUUUGGCCACCAGAAAGCAGUGUCAUUGUGCCGAACUCAAGCAUCCUGCUGGGUUUCUUUUAAAUUUUGUUUCCCCAGUAAAAAUUAAUGGAGGAGGAUUUUUCUACAAUAUAAUGUAUUCCAAAUAUGGCCAAGUUUUUCUUUUAAAAUGACCUAGUUCAUAAUACAGGUAUCUUUCUGAACAGUACGCAAGGCCUGCCAUGACUUUAUCAUGGAAAGCACUAAAAGCUUAUUUCAGUGGGUAAAGACAUUGUUUUAACAAAAACAAAAUUAAUGAUCUGCCUUAUAUUAGAAUCAGAGACUAAUGGUGGUGUAAAACUGCAUGAAUGUCUUUUUCUACCAUCAUCAUUUUUAAAAAAAAUAAAUAAAUUGCUCAACAUUAAAAUAUAUUUGGGCAACCAUCUAAGGGAAAAUUCAGAAGAAUUCUUUGGGGCAAGGGUGUGAAUCUUUAAAAGCACUGUUCCAAAAUUAAUCAGUUAUGGAUUGGAUUUCUCUAAGGGUAGAAAGAGUAAAAAUCCCAUUGGCUAUUACAGAAUUUCAAAUGCGGUGCUGUACAGUCUGUUUUUAAUCUCUUGCAAGCAGUUUCUCAAUGAUCUGUAUUUAUACCAUUGU